CCAGGAUCGCUGCUUAACUCCGCGCAUGUCAAUCGGAAGGCGUAGCAUUUCCGUUAGCAGUUGCAAUCCUUCUGACACACCCUGCAGUGCGAUGCUCGGGCGUCAACAUGAAUGUACCGUAGCGGGUACCUGUACUUGUACAUACUCCGUACUCCGUACCUGAGCGAGAGAUAAGAUAAAGGACCUUUGGCCGAGGUCGCACCCGCGCUUCCUCUAUAUCUGCCCAUUCUCCGCUCCAACUUCGAGACGUGUAGUCAACUCCAAUAGCUUUUCUUUGAGGAGCGAUCAAAGCUCCCUGUACAGAAUGGAAUACAAGCGCCAGCAACCAGCACCUCCUAAGCUGCAACCACGGCUUAUCAUCCAUGGCGGUGCGGGCAACAUCACCCCGGCCAACUUCCCCCCGGACCGAUACCAGGAAUACCGCACCGCGCUCCUAACAAUCGUAUCCAAGGCCCACCGGUACAUGACUACGCCCAUCGCGUCCUCAUCCACUCUUCCGUCCGCCUUAGCUGUGGCCACACACGCCGUGACUCUGCUUGAGGACAACCCGCUUUUCAACAGCGGCCAUGGCGCCGUCUUCACGCGGGACGGCACCAACGAGCUGGAGGCGAGCGUCAUGGUCUCGCGGGGCCACCUGAAACGAGGCGUGGGCGUGUCCGGGCUGCGCCACGUGCGUAACCCGAUUCUGCUCGCGCGCGCGGUCCUUGAGAAGGGCGACACCGACCUGCUCCCGCCCAGCCCCAAGCAACGACGGGCGCAAGCAAAGGCAGCAGCAGACCUAGCCUUGGAACACGAGGGAGAGGGGCAGCAACAAGAAAGAGGAGGGGACAAACACAAACACAAACUCAACGUCCCCUCCGCCCAGGGGCACACACACAUCCACGGCGCGGCGGCGGAGCAAUUGGCGGCACAGUACGACCUUGAACUAGUUCCCACGGGGUACUUCUUCACGGAGCGGCGGUGGGAGGAGCACCUGCGGGCGCUGAAGCGAGAGCGGGAGGGCGACGGCCUCGGCACGUGGAGCGCCGACGAGUACCUGCCGCAAGGGACGUGCGGGGCGGUGGCGCUGGACGCGGACGGGACCCUCUGCUGCGCGACGAGCACCGGAGGGCUGACCAACAAGCUGUCUGGUCGCAUCGGGGACACGCCGACGGUCGGGGCCGGGUUUUGGGCUGAGGAGUGGGUUGAUGAGUGUACUUCUUCCUCUUCCCCCUUCGGUGGGGCAGGGUGGCGGUUGGAUCCCGCCUCGGGAGGGGGACCUGGACCGGUCGUGAUGUUGGCUGGUGCGCUGAAGGGGUUGAUGGCGGAUUGUUUGCCUACGCCGUGGGUAUACAGGCCGGUUGCUGCGAGGGAACUGGUGGUCACCAGGUCGCUCGCGCUGUCUGGGACCGGUAAUGGCGAUUCAUUCCUUCGGACUGCGGCGGCUAGAACCGUCGGGUCGAUCGCAAGGUUUGGCGGAAAGCGUUCAACAGAGGCAGUGUCGAGCGUCACUGGGCCCGGUGGAAUGCUGGAGCAGAGCGCUGGAGAUCGCUGGGGGCGGACGGGUGAGGGAGAGGGCGGCAUGAUUGGGAUUGCCUGUGCUGUGGUCCGGGACGGCGAAGGCAACAUGGUUGAGACCAAAUCCGAAAUUGUUCAGGAUUUCAAUUGCGGGGGCAUGUUUCGCGCUUGGGUCGAUGAUAGAGGUGUCGCAUUUGCUCAGAUAUGGAGGGGCGAUGCGGAGCGCGCUCAUGUCUCCGCUGGUUUGGGCAUCCACGCUCGCCCCUUUUGAUGGCGAAGUGUAACCAACCAAUUCUAUGUUACAUGGAACGCCGCCACCUGUAAUGCUGACCGUCAUGAAUGCGUACAAAAAUACACGUCCUGGC